GUACACUAUAUAAAUCUUUCUCUCACUCCUUGUUCUUUACAUAUUGCCCAACUCUCCAAUGCUCAUCUACUAAACCCAAGAAAACCCACGUAGAUCUCUCUACCCAAGACAUUCUCCUUUUACAUUUUGCCUACAUUAUAUACUUAUCGAUCUGUCAUUCCAUUUCUCAGUAUACCUAAAUGCUAGUUUAAUACAUGGCUUCAUCAAAUUACAAUUACUCUCUCUUUGCUAUAUACACGUUUCUUUCCCUACUAGGUGCAUCACUGAAAGCUUCAGCCGCCGCUCCACACUACAUUAAAUUCAUAAACCUUGAGAGUAAUUCCAACACCACAAAUCAUCGUCACAAAUGGGUGGGACCCUCCGGCCACCGCCUUAUCACCGUCGACGUGAACGGGUUUGGAGAUUUCCGGUCAGUUCAAGCUGCCGUCGACUCAGUCACUCCAGGCAACCAAAAGAACGUCGUCGUUCAAAUCAGCGCCGGUUAUUACAUGGAGAAGGUGGUGGUUCCGGCAUCGAAGCCGUACAUCACGUUUCAAGGUGCAGGGAAGGAGGUGACGGUGAUAGAAUGGCAUGAUAGAGCGAGUGAUCGCGGGCCGGAUGGGCAGCAGCUGCGUACUUAUCAAACAGCUUCUGUUUCUGUAUUUGCUAAUUACUUCUCUGCUAGAAACAUAAGCUUCAAGAAUACUGCGCCGGCACCGAUGCCGGGAAUGCAUGGGUGGCAAGCGGUGGCGUUCCGGAUAUCCGGAGACAAGGCCUACUUCUCAGGGUGUGGAUUCUACGGUGCACAAGACACCCUUUGCGACGACGCCGGGAGGCAUUACUUCAAGGAGUGCUACAUUGAGGGCUCUAUCGACUUCAUCUUUGGCAAUGGCCGCUCCAUGUACAAAGACUGCGAGCUCCACUCGAUAGCGACCAGGUUCGGUUCGAUCGCGGCGCAAGAUAGGAAGUCGGCGUACGAGAAGACUGGGUUCGCGUUCGUGCGCUGCAGGGUGACGGGCACGGGCCCGUUGUACGUGGGCCGGGCCAUGGGCCAGUACUCCAGGAUCGUCUUCUCUUACACCUACUUUGAUGACGUGGUUGCGCCUGGUGGCUGGGAUGACUGGGACCACACCAGCAACAAGAACAAGACAGUGUUUUUCGGAGUGUACAAGUGCUGGGGUCCGGGGGCAGCGUCGGCAAUGGGAGGGGUCUCGUGGGCUCGAGAGCUUGAAUACGAGUUGGCCCAUCCGUUCCUUGUCAAGAGCUUCGUCAACGGUAGGCACUGGAUCCUACCCGCAGAUGCUUAACCACCACCACCGCCGACGAGGGAGCAGAUCCAGUCAAGUUUUCUAUCGUCCGUCCAGUCUGGUCCAGUUUUCUUUUACAGAAUUCUUUUUAUUCAUUCGAUCACAUAUACAAUAUUCUUUUAUUCAUUCAUUUUUUUUAAUUGCUCACUUGUAAAAUGCACAUGAAAUUUGCCACCAUGAAGCUAGGUUUUUCUAUUCUUAAUAAUUACCAAAGGAGUUGUGAAAAAUUAA